CUGUUCUGUACUGUUCCUCUGUAUAAACCCAGAGAGCGGAUCUAAUUUGCUGUUUCUUCCAGUGGGCGGAGUAGCAGGGAUCUGCCUGGCCGCGCGGCGCUGCUCUCCGCUCCGCUCAGUGUCGUUGCCGUUACCCGUCCACUCAUGCGGACCCCGCUGAAGCUGAUGGACUAGCCGGAGGUCUGGUGGCUGGCGGACUGUAUUGGGCUUAUAGCGGACUGUGGGUGACCCGGCGGGACCAUGGCUGCCAAAGAGGACCUGUACAGUAAAAUCCUCCCGCGGAGGCUCCGGCAGAACCGGUCGGGCUCAGUGAAAUGUGGCUCCAACCUUGAUGUGCUGUUAUCCAUGGGCUUCCCCAGACCAAGGGCACUGAAAGCUCUGGUGUCAACAGGAGGUCGGAGUGUGCAAGCAGCAUGUGACUGGCUGUUUUCCCACGUGGACGACCCGUUCCUGGACGACCCUCUGCCCAGGGAGUUCGUCCUCUACCUGCGACCCAGUGGACCGCUACAGAACCAGCUCUCCCACUUCUGGCAGCAGAGCCGGGUCACUUGUGGCAAAAACAAAGCCCACAACAUUUUCCCUCAUAUCACUCUCUGCCAGUUCUUCAUGUGUGCAGACCACAAAGUAGAAGCUCUCUGCGAGGCCCUCCAGGCCACCGUACAGCAGUGGCGGGGUCGCUUUCCCAGCCCGCUGCCCCUGGAGCUCUACACAUCCUCCAACUUCAUCGGCCUCUUUGUGGAGGAGCAGGUGGCCGACGUCCUCAAGCAGUUUGCAGCCGACUUUGCCACAGAGGCUGCGAGGAAGGCAGAAACCGAUGAUCUUCUUCAUCAUGCAGAGGUCCAUGUGGAGCCUCACAAGAAGCAGCUCCACGUCACUCUGGCCUACAACUUCCCCACCGAUCACCUCCCAUCGCUGGAGAAACUGGCCAAGGGCAUCGAAGUCAAGCUGGGCUGUGAUUGGCUGGCUGUCUUGUUCUCCCGGGACAUCCGUUUUGCUAACCAUGAGACCCUGCGGGUGAUGUAUCCCUACAUGCCUCAGAAUGAGGACGAGCUGGAGCUGGUUCCCGGGGAUUUUGUCUUCAUGUCUCCGGUGGAGCAGAGUAGCACCAGUGAGGGCUGGGUGUACGGGACCUCGCUCGCAUCCGGGCUGUCCGGCCUGCUGCCUGAGAACUACGUCAGCCUGGCCGAUGAGUCUGACACCUGGGUCUUCCAUGGCUCCCAUUCAUUCUUCAGCUGUGGUCCCAGUGACAAGACCAGUAAGGAGAGAGGGAUGUUUGACGGACUGCUGGACAGCCGACGCCCCGACAACACGAGUCCUGGAGACACGCCCACCCUCAGUCUUAUAUGUCAUCCGAUGCAGCAGGUCCUGCGGAUCAGUGGGAGUCACUCUCGGCAGUCCAAGCGAUCGCUUUUCGUCUGCCGGCACGGAGAGAGGAUGGAUGUGGUGUUUGGCAAACACUGGCUCUCCCUCUGCUCAGACAGUAAAGGUAGAUAUGUCCGUUCCAAUCUGAACAUGCCUCCCAGUCUGCCACUGUGGGGAGGACAGAGAGACUACGACAUGGACACUCCUCUCACUGUGUUCGGCGCCACACAGGCUCGACUAGUGGGUGAGGCCCUGUUGGAGAGUAACACUGUGAUGGACUUUGUGUACUGUUCUCCCUCCCUGCGGUGUGUUCAGACUGCGCAGAACAUCCUGAAAGGUCUGCAGCAGGACAGUAAACUGAAGGUGAGGGUGGAGCCGGGGCUGUUUGAAUGGACCAAGUGGGUUUCUGGGAACUCCCUCCCUGCAUGGAUACCCCCAGCUGACCUGGCUGCAGCCCACUUCAGUGUGGACACAAUGUACAGACCUCUGAUCCCCGUCAGCAAGCUCACUGUGUCCGAAUCCUAUGAGAACUACAUGAGCCGGAGCUACCAAGUGACCAAAGACAUCCUGGCAGACUGCAAAAACACUGGAAACAACGUGCUGAUUGUAGCCCACGCUUCUUCCUUAGAGGCCUGCACACGCCAGCUGCAAGGCCGCAGCCCACAGAGCGCCAAGGACUUCAUCCAAGUAGUCCGAAAGAUCCCCUACCUGGGCUUCUGCUCCUGUGAGGAGCAGGGAGACACGGGGGUGUGGCAGUUAGUGGACCCUCCCAUCCUCCCCCUCACACAUGGACCAAACCACACCUUUGACUGGAGGGAGGCACUUCUGCAAGAAUGAUGUCUGCCUGAUCUGAACCCCCCCGCCUCAUCCCCACGCCCCCUGAACCCGGUCAUACUGUACUCCCACAGACUGCAUUAACAAGUGUCAGACCAGUGGCCUCCAAAACACUGGGACCUCUCUCUUUACACAGCAGUGACGGUUGAAGGAGCUUCCUGCCUGAAGAUGAGGAGCCGAGUCUCAUCAAUUUAUCAAACACCCAAAAUUCAUUGUGUGAUUGAAGGACGGAGAGGCUGGUUUGGUGGUUUGCAGGGUGGCUGGGUGUUGGAUGCACUCACUGACAUUCAGCUCCAUCAUGCUUACAUCCCAUCAGCCCAGUCUCAGGAAAUUUUGUCAAAUUAGCUCCGCCUCUGUGCAUGAUUAGCAAGAAACUUAUUUUUCCCAACAUGAAUAUUUUGAUGAAGUCAGCCGGACUAAACCAGAAUUGUGACUCUGAAGUAAGGCCAUUGAAAGCUAAGAUGUGGAUGUUAGAGAUAUUAGCUUUUAGCUCAGAAGACUCAGGUUCUGUUUCUAUUUAGCAAAGUUCAUCUAUUCUAUGAAUUUUCUGAAAGUUUUUUCAUGUUCCACUGAGCCGAACAGUUUUAGUUCCCUGACUGUAAACAAAGCUAAAGCUAGAUAGCAAAAUUAAUCUACUUGCGCCACAUGCUUGUUUUCCUCUGGCCCAGAAUACGCUCAGUUCCAUGGCCCGAAUCUGGCUCAUAUACAGCAUGAUUGUCAGAUGAUACUUCCACAUCUGGACCAACUCUGGCGCACACACAGAAAAUCUUCCGGCUGUCAGUCAAUACAGACAGAUAACAGCCAGAAUCUGUCCAGAUGUGGAAGAAUGUGGGCCAGACUCGGGCCAAGAUCCCAGGUGUGUGUUGGGCCAGAAGAUGCAUUUUGCUAUCAGCCAUUGCUAAACUAAACUGUUAGCUAAUGUUAAACAUUAGCUGUGUCUGAAAUCACUCUGUUGUUUCCUCAUUCACUUUAAUGAUUAGUAAACUAUGUCAGGUGCAGCGUAGAACAGCUGUAGUCUUGGUAUCUAUCAAAUCCGAUGCAUGUUCAUGCUCGUUUCUUUUUCACUCUGUUGUUUGAAUUUUUGAGGACAGUGUGUAGUUAAUGGAUUUCACAAUUCAGUAAAGUGCACUAGAUAGAAAACUGAUUUUGGACACAGCUUUGAUUGAUGCCUUACCCAUCAUAGUGGUAAUAACAGCCUCAAUGUCAGGAGGUCAUUCGGUUGGUGAUUGCUUUAGUAUGCUAACAUUUUAACAUGUUAAAGUUAGCAUGUUAAAAAUGUGUGCACUGCUAAUGUUAGCAUCACUAUGUAAUCACGCUUGUGUGUUUGUUAGAUUUAACAUGUGCUAUUAGCAUGUUAACAUGAACAAUGUUGCUUGUUAACCAACAUAUCCAACAUGCUAAUUGUUAGCCUUAAGCCUGAUAACAUGCUACAUUAGCACAUCCCUCUUACAAAGGCUAAAUGAUUUUGGGUAACAACAUGGCAGUUUCUGCUCCACUAAUGUCAAAGAUACAAUAACAAAGUUGUUUCACCAUCUUUAAUUAAUUCAAUAAUUGUAUUUUCUGGUUUGUUAUGUGCGUUACAGCCUCAGUGGGUUGUUAGCAUAGCCACAGACUUUUAGCUAGCAGCAGUUGCAGCUUGAUGUGGGACAUCGGCACGUUAUGUUAUGUUUGAGUUUGUGCUUAUUUCACAAAAUUUGAUGAGACUGUUGAGUAUUAUGAAUUUGUAAUGAGUGUUAUAUCACAACAGUACUGUUUCCCUGCACAGUUUGACCAUACAUGUGAGUAAGUACACACGGGCUGUUGAGUCGGCUACCGACCAGAAUGAAAACAGACGGUAUAAUAGUUUGAAAAGAAAUGCCACCUUCUGUCCUGCUUGUCCUGCUUCAGUAGCCGAGAGAAGACGAAUCAGCUCUGGCCUCAAGUCACAAUGUGGCCCCUCACGUUGUCUCUAUUUUGACGGCACAUGUAGCACAUACAGUACAGCUGUGUCUUCUGCCAGUCGUGUAGUGUAUGUACGAAAAUCAAACAUCCGCAACUAUAACAGCACAACCUGCACUAUUGACAAUCUUACAGUAGCUUCUUGAUUCUGGUCCAGCAACAUUUUGAGUCUGUGUUUGUGAUAUGUUGUUCAGGGGUUCAGAGUAGCUGUAAAUAAUCAUAUUUUGGAGAAAAAAAAAAUAGUCUUCCAAUUUUAUUUCUAUUUAUUUAUAAACAUUUCUUUCAGAUGUUACAAGCAAAAAAAAAUAUAUAUAAUAAAAAGAGGAUCAUCGCUUUUAACAGCAUGUAAGAAUUUAUCUCAGGUGUUGACAUAUGUAUAUGCAGCUUUGAAAACUGUCCCAUUGAGUGACUGUGUUGUUGUGAGUGCCUCUUGGAAUUAAAGUGAUGUCUCCUGAUGAACUGAGUGCCCACUCAUGGCUACAGAAGAAGAAGUGACGUCGGCUGAUUCGUGAUGCACAUCACACGUGAAAACCUCAUGUGUGAUGUGCAUCGUAACAGUUGCAUGUUUUGAAUUUAUUAUAAGAGUUCUUUAUUAAUCCCUUUCUAUUCUGGGUCAAAUUUUAGAGAUAUUUUAUCGAUUGGAGAAUUGAAAAACUUAUUUCCUGUCAGGUUCUUUGGUGGAAACUCAUUCAGACUGCUUGGGUGCAGUUUCCUUACUGCGUUCAGAGAGAUUUUCCCGCCUACAUCUUGUCAGCUUACAUCAAAAAGUGCCGCUGUAACAGAGAACGCCCAUCACCAACAACAUCCGACCAUGUAGUUCUUACACAGAAAAGUUUAUUUUGGUCACUUCACCGACAGAGGCAACAAAUCAAAGAUAAAUUCUGACAGUGACAUUGUGGUGAAUUUUGUGUUUACAAAAUUACAUUUACAGAAAAUAUAAUAACAAACAAUUAACAUAAUAAAAAUAUUAAGAAUCCAAAUAACUGGCUCUGGUUCAGCCCCACUAGUCUUCUAGAAAUAUGCAACUUUCUUUCUAGGCUGCAAAACCUUUGAAGACUUGUGUCCCAAUUCAGGGGGUUUGGAGGACGUGGUCUACGAACACCUGGUCUUAGUUGCCGUCGCACACUGCAAAGGACGGACUGAAAUGAGACGGUCUGGCCUACGGAGGAUUUGUCAGUUACCUCUUACUAGUAGUGCAGCUUUAAAAUACAAUUAUGACCAUUUAUCUCUGUAAACAAAGACUCAAUGUAGACUCGAGUAGUGACGUUCGUAUGUAAUCCCUGUGACUAACAAUCAUAUAAUGUAUGAGGUUCUGUUGUGAUUGACAGAACCUUCACUGUGUUAAUUGAUACUGAGCCAUAUGGCAGCACAGUUCAAAUGUUCAUGCUCCACCUCUUCUUACAAAAAGUUCAGCAGUUUCAAGCCAACGUUGUUUUUCAGAUUCAGAGAUUCUGGCAGAAUCUCCACUGAGUGCUGAGCAACAGUUUGUCACAUUUGUGAAAUAUUCUUAUUCACGUUGUUGCUGGGAGUUAGAUCAACACCGCUCUUGUGUCUGAGCACUAAAUAUGAUGCUAGAGCUAGCAGGCGACUGGCUGAGCUUAGACAGCCUAGUUUGCGUACAUAGCUCCUUGUAAAACUACAAGUUUUGUAGUGUACGUGUGUUGAUCCAUGAGUGAUAGUAGGCAGAUUUUUCUAGCUUUUGAGUGAGCCAGGCUAACUGUUUCCUCCUGCUUCCACUUUUUAUGCUAAGCUAAACUAAGAUAAUCCACUUCCAGCUCUAGUUUAAGAUUUAAAGGUUCCCUGUGGAGUCUUUAGACCUCUAGUAGUUUUUCUGUGAGUGGGUCUUGACUUUACUAGAUGCACUAAAGAGACUAAGGAUACACACAGUGCAUUUUCAUGAGUGACACUGAAUGUACAUACAGCUUUUAUUUGUUUACAAGGAAACUCCACAGGACACUUUAAUACGUAAACAUCAGUCUGCACAGCUGACUCUCUGCAAGAAUGUGAAUGUGUGUAUUUCUGAAAAUGUCCAACUGUAAAUUCAAAGAGAGGAGAAAAAAAAGUUAUGUGAACAAAUCUUUAUUCCAGUAAGUGCAACACAAUUUGAUUGGGUUGAUUUCAGAAUUCUUUCCUGCACUUUUAGGAUCCUCAUGUUCAAAUUCAUUCAGGAAAAAACACAUCUACUUCAUGAUAAACAUUAUUCAUUUCCUGGGGUAUAAAAACAUGUAUUAUUAGUAUUGUAUCAUUAUGUGAAAACAGAGAGCGCAGAACAUUUCAACACCUUCCUUAAUCUUUGACCUGCAAACCAGUGAAAUCCAGUCAAGUUAAAUGUCUGUUGGAGCAGCACUAAUUGUAUAAAAGCGUUUCUAUAGAUUAUGAUGCAUAUUCAUAUGAAGAGUGAAGAGUGAAAGAAACAGAGGAAGAAGCCAUGUUGUUCCUGUAUUCUUCAUUUAUUGUCAGAACAUAUCAUCAAACCUACAGAGAUUAAAGUUUCUUCUGUUGCUAAUCAAAAUAUAUUUGUUGGUUUAUGAUUAAAGAUGAGGCCUGGAGUCUUUGUGUAAAAUGUAUUUGAUCUGUUCUUGUGUUGGUGAAGCGAGUGAGUUAUAAAGGAAGAAGUUAUCCUUUUUAAACAGCUGUGAUAUUUUCAUAUUUUGAGUAACAUGUCAUGAUGUGUGUUCACACUGUUUAUUUUCAGUUUGUUUGACGGAACAUGAAACAAGAGCAACAUUUUUUCUCCAUAGCAAUAACAUUAUAAAACAACAGGUGUGCAGACUUAACUAUUUAUCCAUCUAUGCUGCAAAAACUGUAAAGGAGAACAAACUGAAUAAAAUCCUACAUCCUUC